AUGCUGUAUGCCCACCUGCUUGCCCGCCUAGCCGCAGGCGUCAAGACCCCCUUGUGGAAGAAGGAGCUGGAGGAGCCCCGGGCCGGGGAGGCAGAGGCAGAGGCCGCUGAGGAGGGGUCGGAGGAGGAGGAGGACGACGAGGACGACGAGGAGAGGCUGCCAGUGGAAGGCGCGGCGGAGGGCGAGGCAGAGGGCGGGGAGGCGGCGCGCGGCGAGGGCCGCGAGCGGGGCUCGGUGUCCUACUGCCCGCUGCGCCAGGAGUCCAGCACCCAGCAGGUGGCGCUGCUGCGGCGCGCGGACGGCAGCUUCUGGGGCUGGUUCAGCCCCUUGGCGCUGCUCGGCGGCCUGGGCGCUCCGGCCGACAGGAAGCGGAACCCCCCGGAGGAGCCGUGCGUGCUGGAGACGUCGCGGCGGCGGCCGCGCGGCGGGGGCUGCGCGCGCUGCGAGAUCCUUUUCUGCAAGAAGUGCAGGAACCUGCACAGCCCGCCGGCCUACGUGGCGCACUGCAUCCUGGAGCACCCGGAUUUGGGUCCUUCUGGCCCGGUGGGCAGAGGCAUCGCCUAGAGAAGAGAAAACAGCCCUUCUGGGAAACUUGCCCCUUCCGUCAAAACAUUCAAUAAAGCCUCUAAUCAAAGUGCCAGUGCAUGGAGGUGGGGCCGAGGAUCUCAGGGAGGGUGAUAAAGGUCGACCCUCCUUUCCCUUCCCCCGGGUUCAAGCCAGAGGGGAAAGGGAGGGAGGAGAGCCUCCUCCCUCCACCUCCCCUCGGACAGGGCGGAACAAAGCACUUGCAGCCAAGGGCAGUCAAAGGCCAUUCUCCCCACUGCUCAGAGAAGAAAAGGAAGGCUCCCGGCCAGGAAUGCCAACGCCCGCGGGAAGUUGAGGGCUGAAGCUUGCCGGACCUGCCCCGCUCCUGGGGGAAGCCGGGUCUGGAUGAGAAGGUAAAACUGAGGACCCUAAGAGGGUAAAUGCUUUGCCCAAGAGCAACUGCUAAUCCAGAAUGGAAUGGUGACCUGAUCCCAGGGCUCCUGGCCCUGCCCGCCGUGCCAUGGGCUCUGACGGACACAGCCCUGUGCUGAGCCGGGCCUGGCUCGGGUCCAGGCCCAGGAGCAGAGCAGAAGGAAGAAACUGCUCAGGCAGGGAACUCCGGCUUUCAACAGAGGCUGGGAUCACGUUUCCCAUUGCACCCCAAAGAGGCCAUCUGGCAAGCCACAGGUAUUCAACAGGACUCAGCCUAGAGACCCAACCACCAUGUUUGGAUGCAGCCCAAACCAGCCCACAUGCAGAGACCGUGUGGACAGGCCCAUGAAGAACUGAGACCCCCAGCUGAUAGCCAGCAUCAACUGCCGGACAGGUGAGCCUUCAGAUGAUUCCAUCCCCAGACAUUGCAGAGCAGACGCAAGCUGCCUUGAUAUGCCCUGUUUGAAAUUCUGACCUGUAGUAUCUAUGAAGAGAAAAAAAUGUGGUCCUUCACUGCAUUUUGAAGUACGUUGUAAUGAAGCCAUAGUAACUGCAAUGCCAUCUCUUAGGAAUCACAGCCCCGAACUGACUGUUGUCAAAGGCUGAAAAUAGCUGCCUUACAUAUUUUGUCCUGUGUUAUUGUUUUAGAGGAGCUAGUCACCAAGCCAGGACUUCAAUCUGAAGUUCUAUCUUCUAAAACAAUAACAACAACACUGAGAGCAACUUCCUUUUAUAGACUGCUUUGUGCAUAUGAGGCACUGUGCUGAGCAUUUCACACACAUUAUCUCAAUGAAACCAUACAACACUCUUGCAAAAUAGGCAUUGCUAAUCCUCAUUAUACAGAGAAGAAAAUGGAGGCUCAAAGAGGUUAAGUAAUUUACAUACUGUUUGCACACAGCCCGUGCAAUUGACCAUAUACAGAAACACAUAGAAACAUACCAACAUACACACACAAUUUGCAUAUGUAUAUGCAUAUAGAGACACAAACACAUCUAUUACACAUUUCUAAAGUUCUUUAUACUUUUGAAAUAGUUUUUGUUCUCAAAGGUAAAAGAUCCCUUUCCCUCAGUUAUGUUAAAUAGACUGAAGAGAUUCAAUCUGUUAGAUAUUACAUUUGCCAAACACCCCAAGAUGAAAUUCUCUCCAUCUGGGGCCACCACAGGCAUGGGCGGCAGAGAUAUGGUCUCUGUUCUCCUGCCAAGGAUUGCCUGGGACCCAGGCUUGAAGGGAGGUGGGGUGAGACUCUUAAUAAGACUUGGCUUGGUACACAAGCCUGGGGCGGUGAGGAUUCGGUACUUGAUGUUGUAAGACUCUAAAUUCAGAGAAACAAAGUGAUUCUUGAAUGUGCAAAAGCAGAGAGCACAGAGCAAGAGACCAGUGCUUCGGAGAGGAAGGAAUGAAGGAGUUGGAGAGAGGACGCCCCUGUCGAAGCAGGGUCCUUUCCUAAUAUUCCAGAGUGGUGCUAGGAGCUGGCUGGUGGAAGGAAGAGGUUCAGAGGUGGCCCUCCUCUUUCUGCAGGGUUCUUAAAUUCAGCCUGCCUCUUCUAGGGAAGGGGAGUGGGAGGAUACCAGAAGCUUGCAAAUGGCAGUUUUAGAGCAGGAAUGAUACUUUUAGGGGAGUAAGAGUCUCAGGGCAGAGUGCUGGACUCAGUCAUUUAAAGCUUAUUUGCAGCCCUUCUCCUUAAAACAGUGGAGACCUCAGUUCUAAUCUUGAGAAGAGAUAAGAACACAGAGAUACUUCUUCGGGAAAGAAAGAAAUGAUACUGGUGUAUUAUUAAAAUCACCUUUAUCUAGAAAAUAGAUGCCCCAAGUUCAUCCCCACCCCCACCUCACAAAAAGUUCCCCUUGUGCAACCUACACCAAGCAGCUGAGUCCGAAGACGGAAAAUGAAAUGGGAAAUCUUUAAGGUUCACAUCCACCUGCCUACCCCCUUUUCUCAAGUUCAGUCCCGAAGCUCUGUUUAAAGCUCCUUAGAAGCAACUCUUAAGAGUAUGCUACUCUUACCCAUUUUACAGAACUAGUUCUGAACUAGGCACUCACUAGCCCCUGCUGGUCAAUGGCAGGACCAGCCCAGGAAGCCAGAGGUACCUCCUGAGUCUCGCUGGCCGGGGCCAGCCGGCAGUACCCUCUCGCCACCAGUGUGGGAGUCUCCGCAUCAUCUGACGCUCGGGGAGGGGUCCGGGCGUCUGAUGAAUGA